UCUCCAGUAGCGCUGACGCUCCGGUGCUCGCACAGUCCCCCGCCUCGGCUGGCAACGGGCGUCCCUCCACUCCCCGAGUCCCUGGCAGCCGCCGCCACCCCAGCGCGCCGUGAUCUGGCCCCCUGCCCCGCGAAGAUGGCUGCCGUACGCCGGGCCCGCAAUUAUUGCCGCUGCCUGGUGCGCUUCUCCGACCGAGAACUCUGCUAAGCUCCGCUGCAGAGACAGGCAGGAGUAGACACCCGGACACCCAGCACCCCUCCUUCGGGGGGCGGUGCAGAGGGGGCACGGAGAGCCCCUCGAGCGCAGCAGGCCGCCCCGCCAGCAUGGCAGAAGCUGAGGAAGAUUGUCAUUCUGAUACUGUCAGAGCAGAUGAUGAUGAAGAAAAUGAAAGUCCUGCUGAAACAGAUCUGCAG